AUGUCCGACUCGGUCUUCUCCUCAGAGUUGUCCAUCUGGCGAGGCUCGAAUGGCGUUGAUUCCUGGAGCUGCUCUACUAUCCCACCACCUAGUGCCUCGGAUGAUUUCAAUUGCCCUAUCUGCAAGGCCAUUUUCUUACAGCCCGUCAUAUUUGAAUGUGGCCACUCAUUCUGCAAGCACUGUGUGCAACGACAACGUGAAUCCAAUGACAAAUGCUGUGUCUGUCAGAAGCAGUUUGGAAGGGCUAUCCAAAACUUGGCUUUGGAGAAGAGCUUUCAAAGAGACAACCGCAGCCGCAAGAGCUUCCGUCGACCAUCCGCAAAAUUCGAUCAGCAUCGUCCGCCGUCCGAAGUUUCGGGAAGUGUUUCAUUGACCGAGCUACCGCCUCGUACUGCCACCCGUGGAGUUCGUUGGGUGAAAAAGAUGCCGCGUGUUGCGCCUCGGCAGCAGGACUACGAGGCGGAUGACUCGACAGACGAGUCUCUGGCGCCUAUUCCAUUUACCCGGGCAACGCAGAGAAAAUCAGAAACCUGCGCGAAGGCUUCUGUGAAGCGAGCAUCAUUUAUGCGCCGAAGCCUGAAUUAUAUGAAGAAAAAAGGGAGCGACAAGUUCCAUGUCACUGACAUGCCAGCUUCCGGCAUCACAGAUGACCUACACAAAAAGAAGGCUCCGUCUCUUUGGAAGCGUAUCUUCACCGGGAACUUCACGAAGUCAAACAAG